UCUUGUGCCUUCCUCUUUCUCUUUCUCUUCCUCUUCCCUGGGCCGCCUUCUCCCAGUGAACGAGGCAAGCCUUUCGUCUUGUCUUCUUUGCUCUCUCUCUCUCUCUCUCAAUGCUCUGCACCCAUUGCUUCCAUAGCCAAGCUCAACGGCGAGAGUACUUUCUUCUGGCUUCGACGCUUUUGCUCAGAUUUAGUCUUUGAAUGCAGGAUUUAAAACAGACCAAAGAUUUUCAUAUCUGGAACAAGUGUCAGGAAACUAUUAAGAAUCACAUCCCGUGAUUUUUAAUAUUUAAGACAGGGCUGCAGGCCGCAAAAAAACUUUAAGUCGAGAGGGGAAGACAGAAUGAGCAUUCUUAAACAUCAAUUAGCUUGUCUUCACCAAUCCACUUCCUCAAGAUUCAACUCCAAGCAGCCGUUUAGAAUUUAUGCAGCAGGACUCAAUAAGCCUAGUUCUUUUCCGGUUAGACCGUACAAUCCUCGAUACGACCAGCGAUUAAGCCUCCUCAAAACUAGGUCCAUACAACAGGAUGCUUUGGCUGUUUCAAUCACUACAGAUCUUGAUAUUAAGAAAGAUGGCAGUUUUACUUUUAGAGAAAUUUACCCUAAGCCUAAAAAAGCACAAGCUGAGGGCAAGAGCUUCUGGGGUGCAGUUAGUUUGAUCAUUGGCACGGCUGUAGGGCCUGGAAUGCUGGGCUUGCCUGCUGCAACCAUAAGAUCCGGCCCACUUCCUUCCACCAUUGCCAUUCUCCUCUCAUGGGUAUAUGUCAUGUCCUCAAUUCUACUUGUAGCAGAGCUCAGCUUCGCAGCCAUGGAGGAAGACAAUGUUUCCGAGGUUAGCUUCACCGGGCUUGCAACCAAGGGGUUGGGACCCCAUGCCGGUGCUUUCGUUGCUCUAGUCUAUGCUUCCCUGAGUUUCUCCCUGCUGGUGGCAUGCGUUUCAGGCCUUGGCUCUAUUUUCACGCAGUGGCUUCCAUGGAUAAAUCCUCUAAUGGCGCAUGCCUUGUCUCCUUUUGUCGUUGGAGUAACUGUAUUGUUUUUCCCAUUCAAAACCAUUGAUGCUGCCAACAGGCUCCUCUGUUUGCUCAUGGUUUUAUCCUUAUCCGGACUUGUGGGCUUUGGCUUACUGGUGGGAAGAACCAGUAUCUUGGCUUCCUUGGGCCACGCCUUGUGGUCUCUUCCUUCUAUCUUGCCUGCCAUUCCUGUAACUGUACUCACCUUGGGGUUCCAUGUGAUCACUCCUUUUGUCUGUAAAAUUGCCGGCAACUCCAUUGAAGAAGCCUCCAGAGCAAUAUUGAUUGGCGGGGUUGUUCCACUGGUCAUGGUUUUAUCCUGGAAUCUCAUAGUAUUGGGGCUUGCUGGCACGAACACGGCCUUGCCUUCAAGUAAUCCAAUCUCACUCCUCCUCUCUGUGAAUCCAUCUGCCGCAUCAGCAGUUCAGGGUUUUGCAUUUACGGCUCUGGCAACUAGCUUGAUUGGAUAUGCUGUUAGCUUCCCUAAACAGGUGUCUGACACCUUGGGGUUGAUUUCUGGAAAACCCAGCUUAAAGCAACCAAAUCAAACUCAAACGCAUUUCCCUACUCCGCGUAAGAAGAGAUCAUCAAGUGGAAAUAUUGCUGUUGCUUCAGAAGCCAGACUGCAAAUGCUUUUGAUGCCAUUUCUGAUUGGCAUCCCGGUCCUGAUAGCUUCUUUCUUUCCCACAAGCUUUUCGAGAGCCCUUGAUUUUGCUGGGACCUAUGCAAAUUGCUUUCUGUUUGGCAUCCUUCCUCCGGCAAUGGCAUACGUUAAUCAGUCCAGGAAGAGAACUAGACCAUCCAUUUUGCCGGGGGGAAAGGCUGCGCUUCUGCUGCUAUUUAGCAUAGCCAUCAUAUUGGGUAUUUGGCAUUAGAAGGAACAAAGUCGGAGCAUCGUUGUCUUCGUCAUUUGGUCAGAAGCAGAUUGUCUAAUCGUUAGGUUCUGUAUAUAUAGGCUGUCUCUGAUUAUUUGCAAGUUUAAUGAACGAUGCCAAUGGAUCACUUCACUAGCGCGAGCUCCUAAUUUUUAUAUAAUAUUAGAUCUUCAAAUGGGUUGCCAGCA